AUGUCGACGUCGGAUAUCUCGAGCAUGUGUGCAAACUUAACCUUAGCCGAUGUGGAUGAUGAAGACAUCUCCAUGCAGGUUCCUAAUGUUUUGCCGGAUUCGGCCGAGCCUGAAGAUGGGUUAUAUGCAGUUUGUCGGGUAGUCACUGAGAAGCAUGUUAAAUACUCUUUCUUUCUGGACACAAUGGCUGGUGUGUGGAGACCGGCUAUGGGAGUCAAUAUGCGACAGUUGCAACCUCACAGGUUUCUGGUUCGAUUUUACCACGAGGCUGAUAUCACGCGGGUCUUAUCUGAAGGCCCUUGGACGUUUGAACAAUGUCUGUUGAUUAUGCAGCGAGUAGUGCCAGGAGAUGAUCCAGAGCGUAUGGUGUUACAACACUCGGAGUUCUGGAUUCAGAUUCACUCGCUACCUGCUGGCUUUCGUUCAGAGGCUGUGGUUUCUGCAAUCGGAUCAUUCCUUGGUACGCUGGUAUGUACUGAUGAGCGUAACUUUGACGGAGCAAUGAGAGUGUUUUACCGUGUCCGAGUGGCAAUUGAUAUUACUAAGCCUCUGAAGAAACAGAUGAAGUUGAAGAGGGAGAAUGGUACCUGGGCCUUUAUCGACUUCCGAUACGAAAGGUUACCUACUUUUUGCUUUCUGUGUGGUGUGAUUGGUCAUGGGGAUAGGUUUUGUUCUAAAAUUCUUCAUGGUGUCGAUUUAAAAGCGGAGAAGCCUUAUGGUGCUUGGCUCCGUGCUGGAACCAGGCGUAAUGCCCCCACUACUGGGUAG